GCUCCAAUGCCACGCCUGUCCAUGACGUUCCAGCAGAGAGAGAGAGAGCUGAGGAGGCAGAACUGAGUUUAGAGUGUGUUACUGUUUCAAUCAAUCCCCCUUCUUUUUUUAUUAAAAAAGCGUGAGAUCUGUGGGGAAGAGCCGGACUGUCAAUGAAAGAUGUUAAAAGAACAAAAUGAAGAGGAAAAAUAAAUCCGUUUGAUCCUGGUGUUCCUACCUUUAGCCCCUCACACACACGCUCCUGGAGGAUCUUAAAGCAUGGGACUGUGCCCCGGAGCUGCAAUUAGGUGUUAAAUGUUCGGCAAUAUGUGAUGCUGACUACAUCAAUUAGCAUCCUUGAGGACCCAUGGAGAAUUUGCCUGAUCCUGGAUAUUCUUGACGAUGGUUGGAAUCCUAAUGCUUCACAACCUGUAACAUCUCCUUCAAGAGCAGUAUUGGUUGCAACGCAGCCAAUGCGCACUCAACAAACUCCCUCAGACUGCGGUGCAUGAGCAACUGGAUUAUCUGUGAAUGUUCAACUGAUUGAGGAGAGUGUGUUAGCCAGAACACAGAAGGAACUAACCUGCUCUUCUUAAAAAAUCAGUGGAAUCUUAAAGAUGUUCUGUUUCUUGAAGGGAGGCACACCGUUCUGUUGAUGCCAAAUGGAAGACCUUGAGUUGGAUACAAUGCAGGAGGCGUUAUCAAAUUUUUCAAAUUUGACCAGUGACCUGACUGCUAGCAUCAACAAAACCUGCUCCUUGAACAAGGGCUUCCAGUUUUACUAUCUGCCUAUCAUGUACAUUAUCGUGUUUGUCACUGGAUUCAUUGGAAACAGUGUUGCUCUCUGGAUGUUCAUCUUUCACAUGAGGCCUUGGAGUAGCAUCACCAUUUACAUGUUUAACCUUGCCCUGGCUGACCUCUUCUACGUCUUCUCUCUGCCCAUUUUAAUAUUUUACUAUUUUAACAAGACUGACUGGAUCUUUGGAGAGGCACUGUGCAAACUGCAGAGGUUCAUUUUCCACGUUAACCUCUACGGGAGCAUCUUGUUUCUGACCUGCAUCAGUGUUCACAGGUACACGGGGGUGGUGCACCCCAUGAAGUCACUGGGCAGGUUGAAGAAAAAAUCGGCCACUAUUGUGUGCGUGUGCGUGUGGGUUGUGGUCAUGGCUGGGAUCUCCCCAAUACUGUACUUCUCCCGAACCGGGCCAAGGAAAAAUAAAACAAUUACAUGUUAUGAUACAACGUCUAAAGAGCUCCUGGGCACUUAUUUCAUUUACAGCAUGCUGACUACGUUCUUUGGUUUCUGCAUCCCCUUCGCCACCAUUCUGGUUUGUUAUGGAUUUAUCGUGAAGGCCUUAAUAUCUAACGACAUGAGGACACCUCUCCGGGGCAAGUCUGUGCGUCUCGUCAUCAUCGUGUUGGCCGUCUUUGCCAUCUCCUAUCUCCCCUUCCAUGUGAUGAAGAACCUAAACCUACAGUCCAGACUCUAUUACCAGGGGCCAGAGACAUGCGAGUGGAAUAAGAGGGUCUACGCCACUUAUCAAGUGACCCGGGGGCUUGCCAGCCUCAAUAGCUGUGUGGACCCUAUCUUGUACUUUUUGGCAGGAGACACUUUCAGGAGAAGGUUCACUACUGCGGCUAGUAGGUUCAUGUCUAAGCGAGGUGAGACCAACCUACAGUUUCGGAGUGAAGACAGUCCACUUCAUGCUGUAUCGAACAUUUCACAAAACGGUGACACUUCUCUCUGAACUUUGUAUUAGAGAAUUUUGCAACAUUUCUUUUUAGGUUUCUUGGAGGUACAGUAAGAAUUGUGUUCAUGAGAUCGUUAUCAACUUAAAGCUUUGAUCUAAUAUAGGAAACAAUGGAGAGUAAAGCACCCAGCAUUUAUAAAUUCAAGAGUACUGUGCAUAGUUAACUGUUUAUCUUCUGAAUCUAUCACCAUUUGAGUAUUGCUGUCAAAUGACAAGUUUUGUUGAAGUUUCCCACCUUGCACUCAGGAGCACUAAAUCGCUCACAGUUGAAUCUGAAAUUUUUAAUUUCAGAAAAGUAGAUUUUCUUCCAUGGCUUGAAAAGAGUUUCGUUUUGCCACUCAGUGCUUUUCCUGUGCCCACAUGGGAAGUUCAGCAUCCUCAUACUAUUCUCAACUCAACACAGAGGAAGCAUAGAAGGGAAGAUCUACACUGAGUGACCUCAUGAGGUAGUUGCUCUCUGCUGCUUACAGCGCCUCCCUGUGAUGACUUGGCAGAGAUCUGGAAUGCACCCUGUCCAAGUGAACGUGCCUCAAGCUCAGUUGAUUGUUUGAUUGAUUUUAUUGUCACGUAUGCCAAAACACAGUGAAAAGCUUUGUUUAUGAGUGGUACAGGCAGAUCACAGCAAGCAAAGGAUGUACAGAUUAGAAAGUCUCAGUGGCAAACAGGUUACAUUGCAGACUACAUUAUUUGAGGCUAGAGUCCCUUCAACAGUCUGGCAACAGCCAGGAAGAAGCUGUUCCUAAACCUGCUUGUGCCUGCAUUCAGGCUUCUGUAUCUUCUGCCUGAUGGAAGAGGUUGGCGGAGAGCAUUACCAGGGUGAGAUGGGUCUUUGAUGAUGUUGGCUGCCUUUCCACAGCAGUGAGUCAUGUGAAUAGAGUCCAUGGAUGGAAGGUCGGCUUCCGUCAUGGUCUGGGCUGUGCACACCACCUUCUGUAGUUUCUUACAGUCCUGGGCCGAGCAGUUACUAUACCAGGCUGCUAUGCAGCCAUACAGUAUGCUUUCAAUGGUGCAUCUGUAGAAGAUGUUGAGAGCUUCUAGAUACUUCUACUCAUGAUUACCCUGACAUUUCCACUUCCCUGAGGCUGGCAACCAGGUGGGGCAAGUGACUCUGCAUCCAUUUGCCAACUCAUUGCUCUUCAACAGAACCUUUUGAAAGUCAAUCUAAAUUUAAGGUCUUCUUGGAGGCCAUGAUUUUCUUUUUACACAAAAUGUUUAGAACUUUAGCAGGUUCAGAUUGUGUGGGCGUGCUUUAAGAGAAAUCCUGGCUGCCCACUCUGCUCAGGAAAUGGCGACAAUAGUCAUCAAUGUGCCGGGGAAAGAAUGGUGGGAUGAGGCCUGAGUAGAGUGGAACGCAGAAUGGAUGAGGAUCUCUCAUCAGUAAGCAAAUUUUCAGUUAUGGGGAGAAGACAGGAAAGUGAAUUUGAGGGUCAUCAGAUCAGCCAUGCUGCCAUUGAAUGGCAGAGCAGGCUCGAUGGGCUGAAUGGCCUACUUCUCCGACAUCUAUUGAUGUUACAUGCACAAAUGACAAGCUUAAGCAGACCCCAUUUAUUUGAAUGAAGUGAGACAGCUGAAAAGGAUAAGUUGUUCAAUGAAAGAACAACUCAGCCAGGCACAGAAAGGUGGCAUUGGAUAGGGGCUGUUCGGGCUACCGAUCAAGAAAGAAGCAGAGAGCAGUCAGAGCAUCCCAGUGAGGGAUGGAGACAUAAGGAUAUUGGACGUCCAUAGUGAAGGGGUAGUUUUUAAUGCCAGGAAAGUGGAAAUUGUUGAAGUGAUGUUGGGCACAUCAUAAUUAUGAAUGUAGGUGGCAAGAUGUGUAGUUGAGAAUGCUUGUUUGCAGUAAAAUGUCACAAUGCACGUAGAAAUCCAUGAGCUGGCCCUUGUAGCACUAAUGCUUCUACAGUCCCUACAAUACAGGGAUAGCUUUACUGUCCAUGGUAGUAGCUCAUUUCCUGCUUUGCUCACAAUGUCGCUAAUACUGUAAGAUAUGGAGUAUGUGUGUCCAAUUCUGGACACCGUAAUUUAGGAAAGAUGUGAACACCGCACAGGGAAAAGGUUUACGCAAAUGGUUUUGGGGAUCGGGGACAUCUCCACAGUUGGGAGGAGAUUUGUUAGAAGUGUGAAAAUCAAAGCUGUAACCUAUUUUACACUCUCACACAAGGUAAAGAUCAGCUCCAUUCAACUUUGAUCCCACACCAUAUAAAACUGUGUUGUAUCAAUUCUUUUGACAUUGUGAGAUUUGAUCAGGUGAGAAUGAACCAUUUAUUGAAAUGAUGAGUCAUAUUGUGCAACUGAACUAUUGCAGUCUGCCAGUCUUGCAAAAGAAAACGUGUGUUUUGUGGGUGUUUUGUUCUCUGUAAUCCUAACUUUCAUUGGACAAAUCAUACUAGAAUAUUUUAUUUGUUGCAAUGAAAUAUACCACGUCUUUUAAAAGAGCAAGAGAACAUUUACUCCAUUAUAUUUAAUGUAUUUCCCAUUUUUAUCACCAUAAUUCUUGUGUUAUUCCCCUUCCAAAACCAGCAAGACAUUAAUCCAUGUUAUUUUCUGGGAGUGUUUUCCCCAGCGACAGUAAUAGCCUUAGUGUAGCAAGGUUUUAGCACAGUUUGAUUUCAUCAUGGCUUUUGGAAGCUGCACAUUGUUUGGUGCUGUCUGAAACUAGCCGAUAUAGAAAUCAGUUUCCAAUGUGAUUUAAUAUUGUGACAACGUCUCCCAAACUACUAUUAAACACUCAUGUUAAUGUGGUGACACUCCAA